UUGUCAGUGAAUCUAUGUUGUUCGUGCGUCCGUCGGUUUCUUAAACUUAAUGAAGACGUGAGAGUGGUGAAACUGUGUGUAUUGGAGGGGGGUGUUUCUUGUGGGAGCUGUGCAGGUUUUGCAGAGAGAGUAAUUUACAAUACGAUGAAUACAGUUCUUUUCACAGAGCUUAAGAAGGUUUAAUAUAAUUAAUAGAUCUUAUACACUUGGCACAAUAUUAACUUUCUGUUAUGAUGCUUUCGUCUUUGAUGCGAGGUAUUCAUUUAAGCGACAAGCUACUGGGAUCGCCUGUGCAACGGUUGUGUGUACGCCAAAGGAAAGCGUUUAUAAGGACUUGGGUAUGUUUCAAGUUAGGGCAAAGGUUGAGUUGCAAUGAAUCUGGCUUGCACCCUGGAUUAGCCUUUGCGAAUGUGAGGAGAAAGAUCUGGACUCCGGAAGGGUCCCUGAGAUCAGGUAAAUCUGAAAACAGCAACACACAGGUGUCAGUGCCAAGAAGCCAAAAAGGAGGAGCCUCCUUAUCAGCUGCUCAGAAAGUGAAAGAAGCUGGAAGAGAUUUCACAUACUUAAUUGUAGUGGUGGUUGGGAUCGGCAUUACAGGUGGAUUAUUCUACGUGAUUUUUAAAGAGUUGUUCUCUUCCUCUAGUCCCAGUAAGAUCUAUGGAGAUGCUUUAGAGAAAUGCAGAGCACACCCUGAGGUAAUAGGUGUUUUUGGUGAACCCAUAAAAGGUUAUGGUGAAUCAACUCGCCGUGGGAGAAGACAGCUUGUCAGUCACAUUGAGUACAUAAAAGAUGGACUGAAAUAUAUGCGCCUAAAAUUCUACAUUGAAGGCUCAGAGAAAGGAAAACAAGGGACAGUUCAUCUGGAAGUGAAAGAGAAUCCUGAAAGUGGAAAAUAUGAGUAUCGCUACAUAUUUGUGGAUAUUGAUGUCUACCCUAGAAGAACCAUAAUCAUUGAAGACAAUAGAUAAGGAAACAAUUGGAAGAACUGUCCAUUAUUGUGACUCUUCUUCAGUGCCACAAUAAGCUUAAUAAGUUAACAAAAAAUAGGAUGGAUGAAACAAAUGAGACCAAUAAGGUUCUUUUCCGUCUUCAUGUAAUAUCACCACUGUGCUGGUGGGACUAGUGGAGUUAUGUCUAAUUAUGUGACUGGAAGUAGGAAUCAUGUUUUAAUAGGAAAUGCAAGAAAUGCAGACAGCAUUGACACACUGCAUAUAAAUUGGCAGCAAACUGUGACAACAGCAAAACUGUCAAAGGACUGUUAAUAGUGAUUUUACAACACACACAUCAUACACUGCCUUCUAGGAUUUCUGUAUAAAUUUCUCCAUUUAAAUAUGGAUUACAGGCCCUUACUGCAAUAAAUACAAAAUGCCAAAUAUGUAGAUGAUCCCUGUUGUACUCCUAUCCACAGCAUUUAAAUGCAUGUUAUGGCACAGAGCUUCUCUGUUCUUUUUAAUAAUAUAAUUCAGAUGGCUGUUUUAAGCAAAAAAUUGUGCUUUUAGUGGGAUGGGAAGUGAUAUAUAGGGAUGGGCUCGAACCGGCUCACGAACUAAAGUCUGUCACAAUUUUUGGCUGGUUUGUGGUUCGUGAAGUGGUGUUCGUGAAAGGGCGCCUGGCACAAAUCAAACUUUGGUGCUGUUCUUGGCAGUUCAUGAAUGAAUACAUUUCCAGACAGAC